UGUCGAUACAAGAAAAUGUCUCUUUCAUGAUGAACGUGAAGCAAAGUUCAACAAGAUGUAUUCAAUGAGUGCUUGUAUUGUGAACUGUCGGAUUAAGACUUUGCAGUCUUUGUGCAAAUGUACGCCAUACUACUUGCCAGUGCCCAGGAGUGAGGGUCCUGUCUGCUUGUUUCAUAACCUGAGGUGUCUCAAUAAAUAUAAAGAGAAACUAUUCUAUCUUUACCCAUAUGACGCUACGGUCACAGAUGGUCUUGAAUUGGAACUCCAUUAUUCACUGAACUGUCCGGAGUGUUUGGCAGAUUGUGAACACACCCAGCAUUAUAUACAACAUUCCAAAAUUCCUCUUAUUAAUUCUGACUUUCCAAAAAAGGAGUUUAAAAGAUCAUUAAGCGCAAAUAUAGAUAUGACGAACAAAAUUUUGCUUUUGAUAUACCAAAUCUCAGCGGAUGGUAUAUUGAAUCGACUGGAUGUUGUUUCGUACUGGUUUGAAAUUUUGAGUAAUAUUGGCGGCUUUAUCGGUAUUUUGGUUGGAUUCUCCACUGUAAGUGUCCUGGAAAUUAUUUAUUUUUUUGUAAUAAGAUUCUCUAUUCGGUUGUUUAAAUUUUAUUUUGAUAAAUAAAUGUUAGC